CCCGAGGAUCUGGAGGCCCCCAAGAGUCACCACUUCAAGGUGAAGACAUUCAAGAAGGUGAAGCCCUGUGGGAUUUGCCGACAGGUCAUCACCCGGGAGGGUUGCACCUGCAAAGUCUGCAGCUUCUCCUGUCAUCGGAAAUGCCAGGCCAAGGUGGCUGCCCCCUGUAUUCCUCCAUCCAGCCAUGAACUGGUGCCCGUCAACACUGAGAGCGCUCCAAAGAAUGUAGUGGACACGGGAGAAGGAGCCUUCCGGGGUGGAAGCACACGGAAAAGCCUUGAGGAAGAGGGCUCCACCAGAGUCACGCCAAGUGUCCAGCCCCAUCCCCAGCCCAUCAGAAACAUGAGUGUAAGCCGGACCAUGGAGGACAGCUGUGAGCUGGACCUGGUGUAUGUCACCGAGAGGAUCAUUGCCGUCUCCUUCCCCAGCACAGCCAACGAGGAGAACUUCCGGAGCAACCUCCGCGAGGUGGCCCAGAUGCUCAAGUCCAAACAUGGAGGCAACUACCUGCUUUUCAACCUCUCCGAGCGGAGACCUGACAUCACGAAGCUCCACGCCAAGGUACUGGAAUUUGGCUGGCCCGACCUGCACACCCCAGCACUGGAGAAGAUCUGCAGUGUCUGCAAGGCCAUGGACACCUGGCUCAACGCAGACCCCCACAAUGUCGUCGUUCUACACAACAAGGGAAACCGAGGCAGGAUAGGUGUUGUGAUUGCGGCUUACAUGCACUACAGCAACAUUUCUGCCAGUGCUGACCAGGCCCUGGACCGAUUUGCAAUGAAGCGGUUCUAUGAGGAUAAGAUUGUCCCCAUAGGUCAACCAUCCCAGAGAAGGUAUGUGCAUUAUUUCAGUGGCCUGCUCUCUGGCUCCAUCAAAAUGAACAACAAGCCCUUGUUUCUGCACCAUGUGAUCAUGCACGGCAUCCCCAACUUCGAGUCUAAAGGAGGGUGUCGGCCAUUUCUCCGGAUCUACCAGGCCAUGCAACCUGUUUACACGUCUGGCAUCUACAACGUCCAAGGAGACAGCCAGACCAGCAUCUGCAUCACCAUCGAGCCCGGGCUGCUCUUGAAGGGAGACAUUUUGCUGAAGUGCUACCACAAGAGGUUCCGGAGCCCAGCCCGAGACGUCGUCUUCCGUGUGCAGUUCCACACCUGCGCCAUCCACGACCUGGGGGUGGUCUUUGGAAAGGAGGACCUUGAUGAUGCCUUCAAAGAUGAUCGAUUUCCAGAAUAUGGCAAAGUUGAAUUUGUGUUUUCUUAUGGACCAGAGAAAAUUCAAGGCAUGGAACACCUGGAGAACGGGCCGAGCGUGUCUGUGGACUAUAAUACCUCCGAUCCCCUCAUCCGCUGGGAUUCCUAUGACAACUUCAAUGGGCAUCGAGAUGACGGCAUGGAGGUUACAGAUCAUCUACUAGAUGGUGGGCCCUCCCCGAGCUGUAAAAAGUGGUGCCUUGGAGUCGCCUGCAGACAAGAGCAAGAGGUUGUGGGCCACACCCAGGGACCCCUGGAUGGGAGCCUGUACGCCAAGGUGAAGAAGAAGGACUCACUGCACGGCAGCACUGGGGCUGUCAACGCUGCGCGUCCUGCCCUUUCAGCCACCCCCAACCACGUGGAGCACACCCUCUCUGUGAGCAGUGACUCCGGCAACUCCACGGCCUCCACCAAGACAGACAAGACCGAUGAGCCUGUCCCGGGCCCCUCUGCUGCCCCUGCUGCCCUGAGUCCCGAGGAGAAGCGUGAGCUGGACCGCCUGCUCAGUGGCUUUGGCUUGGAGCGAGAGAAGCAAGGCACCAUGUACCACACCCAGCAUCUCCUGUCCCGCCCAGUGGGGGGCCCUGCUGCGCCCUCCUCUGGCCGCCACGUUGUCCCCGCCCAGGUUCACGUCAACGGCGGGGCCUUGGCAUCUGAGCGGGAGACAGACAUCCUGGAUGAUGAGCUGCCUAACCAGGAUGGGCACAGCGUGGGCAGCAUGGGCACACUGUCCUCCCUGGAUGGGGUCACCAACACCAGUGAGGGGGGCUACCCAGAGGCCCUGUCUCCACUGACCAAUGGUCUGGACAAGCCCUACCCUGUGGAAACUAUGGUCAAUGGCGGGGGCUACCCCUAUGAGUCUGCCAGCCGGGCAGUGUCUGCCCAGGCUGGCCACGUGGCCCCCAUGCGGCCCUCCUACUCUGCACAGGAGGGUUUAGCUGGCUACCAGCGGGAGGGGCCCCAGCCAGCCUGGCCACAGUCAGUGACCACCUCCCACUAUGGCCAUGAUCCUAGCAGCAUGUUCCGCUCUCAGUCCUUUCCAGAAACCGAGCCCCAGCUGCCCCCAGCUCCAGCCCGUGGUGGGAGCAGCCGGGAGGCUGUUCAGAGGGGCCUGAAUUCCUGGCAGCAGCAGCAGCAGCAGCAGCAGCCUCGCCCACCUCCUCGCCAGCAAGAAAGAGCCCACUUGGAGGGUCUUGGGCUCAGCAGACCUAGCCCCCAGCCACUGGCAGAGCCCCCCAUGCCUGGCCUCCCUGAGUUCCCACGGGCAGCCUCCCAGCAGGAGAUCGAGCAGUCCAUCGAAGCCCUCAACAUGCUGAUGCUGGAUCUGGAGCCAGCCACGGCGGCUGCCCCCCUGCACAAGUCCCAGAGUGUCCCUGGGGCCUGGCCAGGGGCUUCCCCGCUCUCCUCCCAGCCCCUCUCUGGCUCCUCCUGCCAGUCCCAUCCACUGACCCAGUCCAGAUCCGGCUAUAUCCCCAGUGGGCAUUCCUUGGGAACCACUGAGCCGGCCCUCCGGUCCUCCCUGGAGUCUGUCCCUCCUGGCAGGCCUUACUCACCUUAUGAUUAUCAGCCAUGUCCAGCUGGGCCCACUCAGACUUACCAUCCAAAGAGCCUAGCCUCCUCCUCGUCUGCUCUCCUUCCAACCACCCAGAGUGCACCAGGGCCUCAGCAACCUCUGGCCUCUCUUCCUGGCUUCACCGCUCAGCCUCAGCUCCCACCAAAGGAGAUGACUUCAGACCCAUCACGAACUCCAGAGGAGGAGCCAUUGAACCUGGAGGGGCUGGUGGCCCAUCGGGUAGCAGCGUACAAUGCCAGGCUGCAGGGCAUUGGGCGGAAUGUCAGCUCUGGGCACCAACCUCUCCACCGGCUCCAAUCCACCUCUCUCUCUGGGGUGCAGGCUCGGGAGAAGCAGCCUGGAGAGCCCCCAGCACCUCUCCGGAGGCGGGCGGCCAGCGACGGGCAGUAUGAGAACCAGUCACCAGAACCUGCAUCCCCCCGUAGCCCGGGGGUCCGCUCCCCUGUCCAGUGCGUCUCCCCGGAGCUGGCUCUCACCAUCGCUCUCAAUCCUGGAGGGCGGCCCAAAGAGCCCCAUCUUCACAGCUACAAGGAGGCCUUCGAGGAGAUGGAGGGAAGCUCCCCGACCAGCCCACCGCCCAGUGGGGUGCGCUCCCCCCCAGGUCUGGCCAAGACACCCCUGUCUGCUCUGGGCCUGAAACCCCACAACCCAGCGGAUAUCUUGCUGCACCCCACAGGCGUCACCAGAAGACUGAUCCAGCCAGAGGAGGAUGAGGGGAAGGGGGUGACAGAGCUUCCCAAAGAGCCCCGGAGCUAUGUCGAAUCCGUGGUGCGGACAGCAGUGGCUGCGCCCCGGACUCAGGACCCCGAGCCCAAGAGCUUUAGCGCCCCGGCUACCCAGGCGUAUGGCCACGAGACACCUCUGAGGAACGGGACUCUGGGAGGCUCCUUUGUCUCCCCGAGCCCCCUCUCCACCAGCAGCCCCAUCCUCAGCGCUGACAGCACUUCAGUAGGGAGUUUCCCAUCCGGGGAGAGCAGUGACCAGGGCCCGCGGACACCCACCCAGCCUCUGCUGGAUUCUGGCUUCCGCUCCGGCAGCCUGGGCCAGCCCAGCCCUUCGGCUCAGAGAAGCUACCAGAGCUCUUCUCCUCUCCCGACUGUGGGCAGCAGCUACAGCAGCCCCGACUACUCACUUCAGCAGUUCAGCUCCCCGGAAAGCCAGGCCCGGUCUCAGUUCAGCGUGGCCGGUGUCCACACAGUGCCCGGGAGCCCUCAGGCACGGCACAGGACAGUGGGCACCAACACUCCCCCUAGUCCUGGCUUUGGCCGCCGGGCUGUGAACCCCAGCAUGGCUGCACCCAGCAGUCCCAGUAUGAGCCACCGCCAAGUGAUGGGUCCACCAGGAACUGGUUUCCAUGGUAACAUGGUCUCCAGCCCCCAGAGCAGUGCAGCGACCACUCCAGGAAGCCCGAGCCUAGGCCGGCACCCUGGGGCUCACCAGGUUUUAGGCCUCCACGGCAGUGUGGCCACCACUCCAGGGAGCCCCAGCCUGGGCCGACACCCUGGGGCCCACCAAGGCAACCUGGCCUCCAGUCUCCAUGGCAAUGCAAUGGCUAGCCCAGGAAGCCCCGGCCUGGGCCGUCACCUGGGAGGGUCUGGAUCUGUGGUUCCUGGCAGCCCCAGCUUAGACCGGCACGUGGCCUAUGGUGGCUACUCCACGCCUGAGGAUCGGAGACCCACGCUGUCCCGGCAGAGCAGCGCCUCGGGCUAUCAGGCUCCUUCCACACCCUCCUUCCCGGUGUCUCCUGCCUACUACCCGGGCCUGAGCAGCCCCGCCGCCUCUCCCUCACCGGAUUCAGCAGCCUUCCGACAGGGGAGCCCGACACCAGCCUUGCCAGAGAAGCGGAGGAUGUCCAUGGGAGACCGAGCAGGCAGCCUCCCCAACUAUGCCACCAUCAACGGGAAGGUGUCCUCCUCGCCUGUUGCCAGCGGCAUGUCCAGUCCCAGUGGGGGCAGCAGCGUCUCCUUCUCCCACACUCUGCCUGACUUCUCCAAGUACUCCAUGCCAGACAACAGCCCUGAGACGCGGGCUAAAGUGAAGUUCGUCCAGGACACCUCCAAGUAUUGGUACAAGCCUGAGAUCUCCAGAGAGCAGGCCAUCGCCCUCCUUAAGGACCAGGAGCCAGGGGCUUUCAUCAUCCGUGACAGCCACUCCUUCCGAGGAGCCUAUGGGCUGGCCAUGAAGGUGUCUUCGCCCCCUCCGACCAUCAUGCAGCAGAAUAAAAAAGGAGACAUGACCCAUGAGCUCGUGAGGCAUUUCCUGAUAGAGACGGGCCCCAGAGGAGUCAAGCUCAAGGGGUGUCCUAACGAGCCAAACUUCGGAUCUCUGUCUGCCCUGGUCUACCAGCACUCCAUCAUCCCUUUGGCUCUGCCCUGCAAGCUGGUCAUUCCAAACCGAGACCCCACAGAUGAAUCGAAGGAUAGCUCGGGCCCUGCCAACUCAACCAGCGACCUGCUGAAGCAAGGGGCAGCCUGCAAUGUGCUCUUCGUCAACUCUGUGGACAUGGAGUCCCUCACUGGGCCACAGGCCAUCUCCAAAGCCACUUCUGAGACACUGGCUGCUGACCCCACACCAGCAGCCACCAUCGUUCACUUCAAAGUUUCUGCCCAGGGAAUUACACUGACCGACAACCAGAGAAAACUCUUCUUCAGACGACACUACCCCCUCAACACCGUCACCUUCUGUGACCUGGAUCCGCAGGAGAGAAAGUGGAUGAAGACGGAGGGAGGUGCCCCUGCUAAGCUCUUCGGCUUUGUGGCCCGGAAACAGGGCAGCACCACGGACAACGCCUGCCACCUCUUUGCCGAGCUCGACCCCAACCAGCCGGCCUCUGCCAUCGUCAACUUUGUCUCCAAGGUCAUGCUGAGUGCAGGCCAGAAGAGAUGAACUCCCACCCCUUGCCCCGGGGCCAGGGCAGUGGGGGUGGGGUGUGUGGGGAGGGGACCCAUGAAUCCUGACCAUCCUUGAAUCCAGAAGGAGGACUUUGGGCCAAUUUUGGAGAAGGAGAGAAGAAAGUGUAACGUGGGGAGAGGGAAGUGAAUUGAGUGGGAAGGGGGAGAGAGAAAGAAAGAAAGAAAAAGAUGGAGGAGGAGAACUCGGAUUCCCCCAGGUAGAUGGAUACUGUGAAACCCCCCAGAGCCUCCAAAACUAAGCAGAUCCACCUAACUUCCCCUCCACCCUCUGAGAGGACGGAGCUGCUCAAGGGAGACAGAGCCAGCUUCCUUGGGGACCCACAUUUUGGGGAGAAAUGGAAAAGCUCUUUCUCCCUAACCCAACUGCUUUGCAAGAAGAAAUCAUGUCAAGAGAAUCUUUUUCUGGCCACCUUUAGGGUAGAUCACCAAACCAAAAAAAAGGCAGCAUGGGACAUCCAGUGGCAGAACUUUUGCUUUUGAAAUUAUCUCAGACCCGAGGCACUUAAGGUCUCUUUGCUCUGCCUCUGAUGUACAGUUUGUGUAUAUAUGGCCACACCCACGUCCUCACACACUGAUCUGUUUGCCUCUCACCUAGAGUUAUAAACAGGUGUGCUUGUCCAUGUCCCCUGUGUUUGUACACACAUGUAUCCUGUCCAAAGAAGGUAGAGUUGGGGAGACAGGGCAGCUGUGGGGGCACAAGCCCUCUUCCCCAGGAGCACGCAGGAUGAUGGGUAAUGGACUCUCUCUCAGUCUCUGCACCUGCUCUAAAGACCUUGGGUGCUACCAGCCCCACCUCUUCACAGAGACCCCGACAGGAGUGGGGCUGGCCAUGUUGCAACGUUAGCCUUGAUCUGCCUCCACCAGGAGGCUGGAGCAUUGGUUUGAGGAGAUGCGGACAUGUGUGUCCGUAGCCUUGGGGAAAGGAUCCCUCAGGAAAUGUGGCUGUUGAGCUCCAGGCACCUUCCCCAAGGCGUGCGGUCCAGCAUCGGGGUGGGCAGCUUCCAGCCCUCAGCCCUUCCUUGGGUUUUGUGCCCCAGAUCCGCCUUUCUCAGACUGGCUUACGUGCAUGAUGCCUUUUGGGGUGCUGGGGGUUGAACCUUCCUGCUCUGCCCUGCCCUGUCUUGUCCUGAAGGGUCCCUGCGUUGGGGGCUCAUCCUGGGAAACUGCUUCCAGAAGCCCUGCUCUGCGAGGCCACAGGAGACGCCCACAGUUCUCGUGCUCCCUCUGCAAGGCUUUGGGGUCUGACUUUUGCUGGGCUGCCCGGGGGAGCUGGGCAGAGCUUUGGGGGCUGCUGCCUGUAUACCACAUGGCCUGCGUACGAUACCAAAGCCUUGUUCUCCCCGCUUCUGCCUUGGGUUCCCCGCAGAGCCCAGCUGCCGCAGAGCAGAGGGCAAAAGGCUCACAUUUAGGCCAAGGGGCCAAGAGUCCAACUGGGCUAUUGGGAACCCCCUGACCACCACCCAAGGUCUCUAAGCCAGAUGGAACAUCCACCAGGUCUCCAUCCUUAAGUAGCUCUUAAGCCUCUGGGCUCUCUAGAGAGAGGCAUUGUACUGAUAUAUAAAUAUAUAUAAUAUAUAUGUGAGACAUACUGACAGAAUCUGUAAGCUAAUAAAAUAUAAGAAAAGGUUAAAAAAAAGAAUAGGUAAAUUGACAAGAAGUAUUUAUUAUUUUCCCGUACUGCGUUAUGGCCUCCCUGGCAUAAACCAACCCCUAUCCCUCUCUGUACAGAUAAGUGAAACCUGAACUGUAGGGGCCUUUAUCCUUGGAGCAAUCGGGGUUCUCCUUGCCCUGGCCUUGGCCGUCCCUAGACUCUGUCUGGGGCUCAGUGGGCAGAGGGUGCAGGUGUUCCAUCCCCUUUAGCUUUGGCCAGCCAGGGCCCUGCCAUCAGCUCCCAGCGAUGAGAGGGGAGCUGCCCUGGUAGGUGUGAGAGCCUGCAGGGGACAUGGGUGUGCGUGGUGGGCGUGGGUGAUGUGUGCAUCUUGUAUUAUUUUCCUUCCAAGAAGCUGUGUCUGUGCGGACAUUCUGUUUCAGGGAGUUGGAAAGGAGAGCGUCUGAGGAAGGCUGGGAGCAGCACCCCACCCUGUGCUUCCCAGAGGUUGAAGCCUUGUUCUUGGUGACUGAGAUUCCUUCAAAGUGCUCUUCCUUCUGAGGCCUUGACUACCCUGAUUUCCCCUCUCUCAUUCCCUCCCCACCCCCAGCCCACCUCUCUUCCCAGACAGAAGAGAAUAUUUGCACCUAGUUCCUUUGUAAAUAUCUUAAUCUCCCACUGGACAGUCUGGGGACUCUCUCCUCCUGGUCUGGAUGGCCAGGUGGAGCUUCGGACCCUUUGUGCAAAUCUGGGUUCAGCCUUUGACAUGUGCUUUCCCACUGCCCACCAGCAGCCCACCUCUCAGGCAUGGCCAGCCCACCCCACUCAGACCUGACCAUGCGUGUCUCUGGGAAGGACCCAGGAGAUGCUGGGAAGCUGAUCAACUCAUUCCCCAGCAUCCUUCUGGAAGGAGUCAGUUUCCUAGAGCUCGGCCUGUCCAGAGGAAUGAUGGGGAAGGGUACCCCAGUCUCCAUCAUGGCUCCGUCUCUGGGUCAGACAUUGCUUGGAAGACACCGUAGUCCCCCCGUGUCUUACAGGUUAGGCCUGUGCACCCUGCACACGUGCACACACACACACGCACACACACACACACAAACAUCACAGCACUGCGGUAUAUUCUUGCCAAAGAUUUCCUUUCAAAGAAAGCACUUUUAAUUAUUGUUAUUAUUGUAUGAAUGUCUAUCCUCUUUUCUCCCCACCAUUUGUGCUGUCGUUUAUUGUUGAAUCUGUUUGUCAGCCAGGAGAGUGCAGUCUGGUUGUGAAAAUGGGCUGGGGAGUGGGGGACAGGAAAGGGUCUGGGAGGACUUGCAAGAAGGAGCCUGGGAGGCAAGGUCAGCUUGUGAUGCAGUGACAUGGAGCGCAGGCAGCCUCAGGCCCAGCCCCGGGCCCAGGCUGCCUCUCACUGUGCAGCCAGGCCUGGAGGCAGCCAGAGCCUUGUAACCGGCCUGUUUGGUGCCUGGAAGGCAGGGGUCAGGGGAGUGACACCCCUCCCAUUCAGGGAGGGAGGCCCAGUGAGGUCUGCAUGGCCCUUCCCAGAUGGAGUCAGAGGGGAAGACAGGGCAUGGGAACAGUGGAGAGGUGACCCCAGAGGGGAAAUGGGGAGGAAGUGAGCAUUUGAUCCAGCUCCAGGGGUGAGUGGAACGCCCCUGCCCGGCCAUUGCGGUCUUCUGUCCCCCUCAUUCAGCCGGGUGUCCAGGGACAGACGUAUCGCGGAAAGGCCCUGUGACCCAGGUCCUCACUGGAGUCUGUCCCACAGCAACUCCAAAAGCUCCAGGACUGCCAGGAUCCCUUCUCCCCUCGCAGGGUUUUUAGGGAUCCUUGGGUGUGUCAGCGACUGGCAGGAUAAGGGAGGGGGUACCUGAUGGCCUUGUGGCCGUAGGAGGGAGCAGGUGGGACAGGUGUGAUCCUCAGUAAAGGGGCUUCCAGGAGGGAGACGAGGAGGGCACUCUGCCUGACUCGGAUGGGCCCAGCAGAGGCUGGGCAGGCUCCUUCCGCCACCCGGGCACUGUGGAUGGUCUGUCAGUGGAGCAGCAUCCAUGCCCUCCCUUCCCCUAACGUCCGUCCACCAGCCCUGGCUCCUGGCUCUUCUCCCCUUUGGUCUUUCCCAGCUUCAGGAUCUGGGGGGAUUGAGGGGGCCAAUGCCCUUCCCAAGGGCUGCUGCCUCCUGCCCCUACAUCUCUCCACCCUCAGGUUCCUUGGAGAGGCUGAGGACAGAGUCCCUGGGCCACCCUUCACCCAGGUCCAGGUCCCGCAAUCCCGAGACUGGAGUCCCCUGGCCAGUGGUAACACAGGAUGUGUGCGCGCGUGUGUGCAAGUGUGGGUGUGUGUGUGCGUAUUUUUGCUUGUCUCUUUAGGGAACUUAGGAGUUGGGUUGGAGGUGGUGGGCGAUGGGACGUCAAGUUCACUAUCGCCCAGCGGUGAAAGGAAUCAGGAGGUGAGGCCUGUAGGGCCCCCGAUUUGGGGGAUCUCAGUGUUGGCGAAGGUGGGACUCCUCUGCCCUCAGAUGUCUGAAAUGUUGGAAGAUCUCUGUUUCUUUCCCACACCUGGGCUCUUCCCAGCAAUGAGGUGACUGUAGAGUAGCCCACUUUUGUUUCUAAUCAGUGUUCAACAGGUUGAGACUCUCCUGUGUGUCCACGUGUGGUUCGUGUGUGAGAGAGCACAUCUAUGCGUGCAUGCUGUUUCCCCAUUUCUCUCCUCUCCAACAUGUCAUUCAGAAAAAAUGUAAGAAAUUCCUCACCCCCACUCUCUCCUGCCUCCCAGGCCCUCUGCAGGAAAAACAGAAUAACCCAGCAUCUUCCCGAUCCCCUGGCUGUGUGUUUAUAUAGAUGGAAAUAUACUUUCUAUUUUGUAUCAUCGUGCCUAUAACCUCUGUCACCUUGUAUAAACCUUGAUGUAUGCUACUUAUCCUGGACAUGAAUGUAUUGUACACUGAUGCUCCCAUUCCUGUACAGCUGCUUUGUUUCUUUGCAAUCCAUUGUAUGGCUUUAUAAAUGAUAAAGUGAAAGAAAAAUCUGGA